CUGGUACUAGAAGGUGCUUUCAAACAAGAAGGUGCUUUCAAGUAGAUGAAAUACCAUUGUUAUUGUCAAUUCUAUUUGGAUUAUUAUUGUUUUGUAGCACUUGCACUGCUAUCAUCUGGAAUCCAUAGCCCUUAGCUAUCAAUCUACCUGGUUUGGAGGGCUGUGAGAGAAUAUGCAUCUGGUCUUCAGCGUACUGUGUUUCUCUCUGCUCACAAUGGGCUGUCUGAGUAGCACUGGUGAGAUAGCGAUAGGCUGUGAGCAAUGGAGAACAUCUGCUGGUUCUCCGAAUGUCUGCUGUGAAAGCUGCCGUCCAGGUAAGUUUCUAAACUAUGCUACUGUAUAUGGUUUAACUUUAACUGUACUCGAUAAAUAAUCAAGAAUUAAUGUAAUAUGGCUUGGAUUUUGACAAGUAAAUUCUAGUCUUUAUCUGGUUAAAUGAUGGGCUCUAUUCAAUCUGUAAAAUUGAAGCGUUACAGAUUCUGCGAUAGAAAUGUAAAGUACAUUUCCGACUGACCCUACAUAUGCACGGUUAACCGGAACAUUGCCUUUAAAUUUCAAUCACGCUGUACAAAUGAAUUUCUGGGAGGCAUAUUGAAUAGAGCCCGUGUCUUUCAUGGGGAUGAAUAAUCUAGUGUAUCCCAGGUUGUGAAUUAAAUAUUAUUUCCUCUUUAGUGGUUAUACCACAGUGACCCAGUUCAUUUUCAGUGGUUUCUAUUAGUACCACAAUAAAGGGGGAUGGAUGGAUAAUGAUCAACCUAAUGAUCAACCAGAGAUCAGAUCAAGGAUAAACUCAGCUCUAUGUGGGAGGGGACUGGAAAUAGUUUCCUAUCAAAAGCAUUUACCUUAUAUAUUCAUGUCCACUGCAAUUGCUACUGAUGGAGAGAAAGUGAUGUUAAUCACCUGACUGAGUUAUUAUGGAUGCAGAUGUGCUUUCAAUACAGUAUGUUCAAUGUUGUCUGUCUGUGUGUGUAUUUGUGUAGGGAACCGUCUGGUGACUCGCUGUGGUCCAGACCCGAAAAAGCUGUGUGUUCCCUGUAAGAAUGAGACCUACACAACUGACACAACAUCAAGCUCCUGUCGCAGGUGUACUCAGUGCGUAGGUAUGUCACCAGGAUAUUGAAACUUUAAACAUUAUUUAUUAACCCCUGCACUGAAAUGUCUAUUGUUCGAUAAGUUAAACGUUUAACAAUUAUUCAUUUUACUCCACUUUCGUGUGUGUGUAGGCGGGGCCCAGAUCUUUAAGAAGGCCUGUACAAGAAGCAAGGACACAGAGUGUGACUGUAGGGCAGGGCUCCGAUGUGGUGAUGGCCUCUGCUCCUUCUGUGUCGAGGAGUGUGGAAAGGGCCAGGAACCUCUUCCCACUGCACGUAAGACACACAUAACUGUACCUGCAAACACUAAAGUCAUACAAGUUAUCUGGCAUGCCUAAUAAGACGCACAAGCUCAGGACACUUGGGAAAUGUUCACCAAGUCUCAAACCUCUGCAUGUCUGUCUUCAUAGGGUCCUGCCAGAAUUGUCCAGUUGGGACCUUCAGUGACCAAAUCCACGAGAAGUGCAAGCCUUGGAGAACAAGGUUUGAUUGAAUUUCCCCCUAAACUCUGAGUUUGAUUCAAUAUUGGAAUUACAUGUAGUACUAAUGCCAUUGCAUUAAUCUGCCAACAAAUUAUUACCGUAUGCAGCAAAUCUCGGAAACCCAGAACUAAAAUCCUGCGCCAUGGCUACUCAAUGUAAUCUGAUAUUGGAGAGAGCCAAUCCUGAAUCUUUAUUUCUCCAUCUCUGUCCCAGCUGUCCCCAUCCCCAUGAACACAUUGUGGCCUUGGGAGAUGCAGUUAGUGACAGCAAGUGCGGCAUUACCAACAAUUCAAUGCCCCAAGUGAUUACCUUACCUACGAAACGGAGGGACCUUGAAGGUAAGACCUGUGAAUCUAACACCAUGGCAAAAUUGAUGUUGUAAAAUCACCUUGUUUGAAAGAAAGAUGACAACCUCUCUUUCUCCCAGAUGGCACAGGGCUGGUUUGGGCUAUAACGGCCUCGUGUGGGGUCUUUAUCAUCCUCAUCUUGUUUCUGGUCAUCAUCAUCAUCAACAACAAAAAGAAACCAGAGAAGAAGACAACCCCUAAUGAGCCAACCCUUAUUGUGCCAACACCUCCUACAGGUAAUCAUGUUCCUCCUCAUUAUCAGGGGACAACUCAUCCAUACCCAUCAUACUGUAUCAAUAUUCUGUCAGCUUUCAAACUGUAGUCCUGAAAUGUGGCAACAGCUUUGAGUUUAUAUUUGAAUCUGAGGUUGAGCCAAUCUUCUCUCUCCCUGCUCCUCCCUCUCUCCCCUAUAUCUCCACUCUAUCUCUCCAUCUCAGAUGAGCCGAGAACCCUGAUGGAGGUCAGUUUCCACCACCCUCAGCAGGAACAGGGCAGCAGUUCUGAAACACUGCACUCCCAGGACUCUGAGACCAAGCUACUGCCUGUGUGAUUGGGAGUGGCAGGGUUAUACUGGGUCUGAUCUACAGGCCACUACCUCACUGGCACUCUGAUGCCUUCCCAGUGAUUGGCCAACACAUCAUUCUGAUACUGUUAGACUUGCUCUGAUUGAUCAUGCCACACGCUGGCACUAAGGAAUUGAGAGGUUCAGAUACUUUUGAGCAUUUGUGAUCUCUUUAAUACCCCAGUAUUUGUUUGUAUCUUACACACACAUUCAAAGAUGUGAAUAUUGAGAGAGAUCUCUAUGUAACAACUUUUUGUGAAAGUAUACCAUUUAUGUCAGCCAGUAAACUGAUAUUCAAAUGUCAGUAGUGGUGGGGAAGUUUUCAGGGGGAAGAACAUUGUCAUUAUAUGACCUAUUCAUUAGUUGACUCCCUAGCAGUUACUGUAUCAUGUGGCUGCUGCUGGAUUAGUUCAACUAUUUACAUACUUGUACAUUUCCUGGUUUUAUUCGUUUUAGUUGCCUGUUAAUAUAUCUAAACGUGAUGAAAUACUACACUUGACAUUUGUGUGAGCGAGGGAGGGAGCAGAGUCAUGCCCUGUUUUAGUGUAAUACAGUGAAUAUGGGGUUGCAGCAGCAGCAGUGUAAACCACAGACAGCUAGAUGUGACUGCCCACAUGCCUCCCACUGGCUUAUAUCAUAUUCACGUCUUUCCUGUAAGGCUAAACUCAGCUGCCCACAGUUACUGAGCAGAAGUAAAUACCCCUAUUUAACAUUACUGUAACCCAAAAUGUGACAUUUAAUUGCACAAGAGAUGAAUUACAGCAAGGACAUAAGGUAUUUUUCUCAGCACUUUGUUAGGAAUUAGAUUCAUGAUAAGAAUGUGCCAAUGUGAUACAGUAUGGGACUUGGAGCAGCUUUUCCGUGGGAAAGUACUGCUUGUAUUGAAUGGGAUAAGAGUGAAGGACAUGUGUGGGAAACAAUAUGACGUCAUAUUAUUCUCUAUGAUACACUGCCAGGAAGGGAGGAGUCUGGACUUUCCUUAUAAAUGUAGUAGGGAAGGGUUAAGGUCAGGGAAUCCUCUCACGUGGGGGUUUCCCUGACCUUUUACCCAGAAGCUUAUCGAAGGUCAUGGGAACCAUAAAUUAACGAAUACAAAUGUUAAUUGCACUUGACACGCAAUUUAUAAUGUAGACAAUAGGCAUUGCAAGGGAUUCCAAAGAGCUUUCUUUAACCUAGUUUGAUCACAUCAAGACCAGAGUUCACUCUUUCACCACUGUAGUUUUGCAAUCAUAAGCAUUGUGUGUGGGUGUUUCUUUGGCUUGCUUAGACAUGCAUGUUAACUCAAGCCCUUUAGCCCUGAUUGUAAAUAAUAGCUUUCACAAGGUAUUGUCUCCUAUGUGCUGUUCACGUCAAUGGGAUGACAGAUCCGUGAUAAAAUGUCUGACACGCGAAACUUCCCCGUGGGCUCUCCGCUAGGCAGAGCUGGGAAAGCCGAGGGAUUUUGAUGUCAUAUUAAUCAUGUAGUACCAUCACUUCUGGGAAUGUACACAAGGAACGCAGAAUGAGACUGGUCUGACUAAAGCUCACGGGAUCAUGUUGGAAUGCUGAAUUACUCAGUGCAGGAAUCACAGAGGGAAGACUGUAAAAAUAGAAAAAACAUUUCGUAAGAGCACCUCAUGCAGAGGAUCAUGUAGAAACAUCGGUCAGAUCUGUACUAAUGUAACCUUGACUUUUCAUGUGGAUACAGAGGAGUAGCGUAUCACUGGAGUUAGAGUAACUAAGGAUGGGUGUCUGAACUAUAUCUGUAUUUACAGUUGAAGUCGGAAGUUUACA